UUGUUUUACAAUAAAUUUUGUAAAAAAUUUGUUUUUGCUGACAUGUCAAAAUUUUGUUGGUGUUGUGACUUGUGCUUUAUAAGAUAAAGGAUUAUACAAGUUGGAUAUUUAUUAAAAAAAAAUAAUUGUCAAAAAUGAUAGAAGCAUUAUUAUAUAAUGAGUUUUUAAUCUAUGAGAAGAAAAAAAAAAACAAUAAAAAACCAAAGAUUUUUGGGUAAAAAAAAAGUUGUUUCCUAAGUCUAGCAAUUAAAUUAUUGUAAUUUGGUUAAAAGUCAAAAGAGAAAUUUUGGGCUCAAGGUAUCACAAGUAACAUCAAUGAAAGAUUUUAUCUUUGGUUAAUUUGUUUGUUUUUUGGGACACUAUCGAAGAAAAAGGUAAAUAUUGAUACUUUCCUUACACAAAGAAGGAUAUAUAAACACUACAUAUUCAUCAUAAGCUGUUCUCUACCCGUCUACCGAUCCUGGUUUUUAUAUUUCUCAUUCAGUGAUCGUGCUCAUCUCUUUUUUCCCGACAGGAUCAUGAGUUCUCCGGUGAUGAAUCAAGACAUGAUCCAAGAGGUUCUUUCUUAUAUACCGCCUUCAAAAGUCGGAAAAUUCAGGCUCCUGAAUAAAGAGUGCAACAAGAUGGAGUGCAACAAGAGAAGCUACGAGUCAUGGUUUCUCAAUCUCAAUCUCCGUAGAACCAAUUGUAUUUCGGGAUACUUCCUACAACGCUACGAAGAAGGUUACAAAACAAAUUUUUUCCAUGAGAGCAGUGAUUUACAAAACAAUGGAGUCUCCAUCGAUUUUCUGCCACACGGAAAGGUCAAGAUCGAAGCUUGUGAUGCAAGUCAUGGGAUAUUGCUUUGUGUUGAUAAUACAGGACUAAUACCGGAAUACAUAGUCUGCAAACCAACCACAAAACAGUAUCAGAUCAUACCAAACACAAAAGUGGGGAUUUGGGAUGUCUCAUUCGGUUUAGCGGUAAUCGGAUUGAACCCUUUCCGGUAUAAAAUACUAAGGCUUUCGCAGUCGUCUCGGCGUAUGUGUAUGUCUCGGGGUGUGUAUUAUGCGAAUCACAGAACUUUUACGUGCGAAGUUUUCGAUUCCGAUUCGUUUACCUGGAAGAGAUUAGAAAAUUUGCGUAUACCAAGAACAGACGGUUUAAUUCUUUCCCACCCGGUACAAGCUUCGGGGUUGUUCUUGCAUUGGAGAUCACGGAACAACAAUGUGAUCCGGUUCUGUCUCAAAACCGAAACUUGGUCUUUCUUCCAUACUCCGAACUUUGGUGUUUUCUCAGGAUUAGUCAGAUACGAAGGGAAGCUAGGUGCUAUUUGUCAGUGGACAAACAAAGAUCAAGAAAAUGUUCACGGAUUAUGGGUUUUAACGAGCAGUUUUGAAAAGUCGUGGGAAAAAGUGAAAGAUAUUAAAAGCAUUGGAGAAGAUUUCAUUACGUGGACUCUAGGAAACGACGUCGUGUUGUUUUGUAAUUGGGAUCGUUUUUGCCUCUACAACAUAAACACAGAGAAGUUGAAAUUAGUUCAUACAAACAAGGGCUUUGCCUCUUACGUUUGCUUCCCGUUUUGUUCUGAUUACGAGAAGGUUGAUAGGGACGAAAGAAGAAAUGGGCCGACACUUUUAACAAAAAGAAAAAGAAAUAGGUCGACAAAUGCAAACUAGUCAACAAGGCUCUCAAUAGGCUCGCUCAACGU